CACUGUGAAAAUAAGAAACGGCCUAAAUUGUAAAUCCUCUCUUCCAUCAACCAUUUCAUUUUCUCCUCUUCUCACUUAUUCAUGGCAUCUCUCUUUUUCAGAAGAAUUUUUAGGGUUUAUGCUCAUAUUAGUAGUACCAAAUCCUCACUCUCAUCAUCAACAACACUCUACAAUGAAACCAGAAGAACUUUCAGAUCCAAAGCAGCAUUAGAAUCCCUAAUUACAGCAGCUGAAGAAAAAACCUCUAAUCUAAUUCUUUACAAUUACCCUUCAUUUUCUGGUUCUUAUUCAGCUCUCUUUGCUCAGAUUUACUAUACUCAUCUUCAAAUUCCUCAUCUCAUUUUGCCUUUCUCUUCAGUUGAACCUUUCAGGGUUGAAGAUUUGAAUAUAGGAGGAACUGUUGAUACAUGUUAUCUCCUUGAUUUUGUUGGGCCUAAAGGAUUCACUGUGAAACUAUCUAAGGUAUUUAACAGGGUUAUAGUGUUCGACCACAGUAAAUUGGCAAUGUCAAAGGUUCCCUCCAAUGAGGAAUGUCCAGAUAACUUAGAGUUGAAUAUCAAUGUACAUGAGAGUAGUUCCAAAGCUGUUUAUAAUUACUUCUUGAACAAACUAUUGGAUACAAACUGUACACUUGUUAGAAAUGAAGAUAGAGACCGUAUUGAAACACUACUUAAGUACAUUGAAGAUGGUGAGCUGAACAAGUGGAACUUACCUGAUACUAGAGCGUUUGAUAUCAGUUUGAAAGUAGAGCGGCGGAAGCUGAAUUGCAUUACUAAUCCAUACAUGUUUGAUCAGUUAAUGCAACUGGAUCCCACUGAUUUAAUUACCCGGGGAAAUGCUUACAUCUCUUCUCGCCAAAAUGCCGCAAAUAAGUUACUGGAUAAACCUUUCAAAAUUCAUUUGGGCAGAGGUUUCUAUGGAGAAUGUUUGGGAAUUAGAGCUGAUGGGAACGCAAACUUAAGCGAUGAAAUUGGAAAAGAACUUAGUUUAAGAAGUGCUGCAGCUGGCUUAAGGCCCAUAGGUGCAGUUAUUUACAUGCAACGAAAAAAUCUCAAGAUGUGCCUGAGGAGUAAUGAUAGUAGCACUGACACCUCUGAAAUUGCUAAGGCUUAUGGUGGGGGAGGCACAUCAGCUUCCAGCUCCUUUAUCAUAAGAAUGGAUGAGUACAAUGAAUGGGUCUCAGGGCGUUCACGCAAAGUUUGCAAGGUGUUUCAUGAAAAGACUUUUUAAAGUGGCAUAAUCUGCGACAUCUACAAAAUGAUUUUAGAGAUAUCCAAGCCCUUUUGGCAGGAAUAUGAGGAUGUCAAAUGGAUAUUACCUGAUUCUAACGCGUUUAAUAUCAGUUUGAAAGAACAGCAGCGAGUGAAUUGCAUUACUACUCCAUAUAUGUUUGAUCAGCGACUCACAACAUCAAUUAGGAUGGUUGCAAAAGGUGUGCUGAAGGAGCACCUCAUACUUGUGGCAAAUAGCUUGACCUGCACAGGAAAUUUGGUCAGUUUCAACACUGGUGGUUAUAAAGCAUUAUUCCGCUCACUAGAUGUCCAAAUACCAUUUACAGAAGCUACACUCUUUGUAAGAAUUUUCUGCAUGUCUGUAUACUUUGAUGGUGGAAAUAAUGUUGUAUAAGUGGCUUCGUGCCUUUGGCCUUCUUGAUCUGAUGGAAUUUUUUGAAGGAAAUGCUUUGAGAAAGCUGCUGAAAAGUGUCAUCUAGAUUCUUUGUCAAGCACAGUCGCAUCAUUUCCCUUCGGUAAGCGUGUUCCAGUUGGUACAGGAACCCGUUUUGAAAUUGUGGAAAAAGAAAGAGAUGGGACUCAAUCAAAAUGCAGUGGAUAUCUGCAACUUUCUCCAGAUAGAUGUUUAGGUGAAGAACUUGAUGAUAUGGAACUGGAAAUUGAAGACGUUGAUCUGGCCCUGUCCCCUGAGCACCCUGAUGGGCAAGGCCACCUUUGAUGACAUAGCCGAAUUCGAACCGAACUUACAGCCUAGCCAAAUAUCAGAAGGAAAUUGGGGAAACAAUUCCUCACAAACUGGUGAAUCUGGCAGCUGGGGAGAGUGGAAAGUUGACAAAACUUCGGGCUCAGACAAUCCUGGUGCAGCAUCAAAUUCUGAUGCUUGGGCUGGCUGGGAUAGUAGCGAUAAAAUCCAGUCAGAGAACCAUUCUUCCAAAGAAUUUGAUAAUUCUUCCGCACCUGGUGGUUGGAAUACCAAAAGUCAGCCUUCACAAAACGAUCCUAACGAUUCCUAGGGAGGACUGGCGGAGAAGGCCAAUUCAACAGGUGGUUGGAAUACCAAAAAGCAGCCUUCGCAAGAUGAUCCAAAUUCUUCUGCACCUGGUGGUUGGAAUACCAAAAGUCAGCCUUCACAAAACGAUCCUAACGAUUCCUGGGGAGGACUGGCGGAGAAGGCCAAUUCAACAGGUGGUUGGAAUACCAAGAAGCAGCCAUCCCAGGCUGAACCUGAUGAUUCUUGGGGAGGACUUGUGGACAAAACCAACACAACUGGUGGUUGGAAUACCAAGACGCAGUCAUCCCAGGCUGAAGCUCGUGAUUCUUGGGGAGGACUUGCGGAAAAAACCAACACAACUGGUGGUUGGAAUGCCCAAAAGCAGCCGCAGGAUGAUCCCAGUGAUUCUUGGGGAGGACACAUGGAGAAGGCCAAUAAAACAGGCCAGAAUGGUAAGGAAGGGAAUGGUCAAUGGAACCAAUGGAGUGAGCCACCUAAAAAUGAGACUGUGACCACUAACAACAAAUCAGCAGGUACAUGGGGGACUAGUAUGGCUGGUGAACACGUAAAUCAACCAGUGGAUUCUCAAGUUUGGGGUUCUUCUUCUGUUGGAGAUCAGACUGAAAAAGAGGUCCAGUGGAGCCAAUGCGAAGAACCGCCUGUUAAGCCAUUUGCACGGGGUACAAAUAAGAGUUCUCGUGGUUGGGAUUCCUCCUCAAACACGGGGGACUGGAAAAACAAAGGUCGCCCUAACAAUCCCCAAGGAACGCCAGAUGAUCAAAGUGGGUGGAAUGCAAGUGGGAUUUACACUGCAACAAGACAAUGAUUAGAUCGUUUUACAGCUGAGGAACAAAGUGCUCUUUCAGAGGUUGACGCUAAGGGACAAGGACGGUGAACCGUUGUCAGCGGAGGAUCAAGCAUAUGUGCUUGAAAACGUGUUCAAGUAUCACCCAGAUAAAGAUGUCAAAAUGGGUUGUGGCAUUGAUCAUGGUAUGCUGUGCUGAGCUGCAAUCUACCUCUAUUUGAAACUGCUUAAACUUAUGGACCUUUUAUGUUUAAAAAUGUUGGCUGCAAGUCUGUAA